CUGGGCCGUUGUGGCACCCGAGGACUGCGACCCGCCUGGCUUUGCCUGUUGCAAUCCUGCUUGCGAGUUUGCGUCCUCGUCCACACAAUGUGUGACCGGGACUGAUACAUGCUUCACCUCAUGCACCACACGACGUCCGGUGCGGUUCUGCUCCGGAUCGUCGGCGCUGUGCGACGCGCCAGAUACCUACACCUACGCCAACUGCCCGGCUGGGACGGUGUGUCCUGGUGGCGGCACCGCGUGCGCUCGGCCUCGGCUACCAACGCGUGUGGCACCACGGCUGCAUGCAUCUCCUCGACCACGCUGCGGACCUCGUUCUAUGGCUGCUCCGGCGGAGGAGGCUGCGAUAUGACCACACCGCGGGCCACUUCGGACAAUCCGUCGGCCUGCUCCGGCGGCGAAAACUCGAUAUGCGUUGGCUCAGCGUGUGCCAACUUGUGCGGAAACGCCGCCGAUGAUGAUGGCGACGGCAUUGUCGAUUCCUGCGACGCAGACUGCACCGGCUCGGCUGCUACCGAGUGCCCAGCUGGCGCAUGCUGUCUCUCGUCGGGCUGUCACGCCAGUACAGACGUCCAGUGCGGUGCAACGGCGUGGACCUGUGCCUCGCUCUGUACCCGCCAGCGGACGCUUUUGAACUGCUCCGGCUCGGACGCCGCCUGUGGCUCCGGGCCAUCUGCGGUCGAGACCGAGCACUGUGGCGCCGGCAGCGUGUGCUCGGCCGGCUCGUGUGUCCCUGUCUCUGUCACAGCCUCGUGCUCGACUGCCGAUUCUUGUGCUUCGGCGUCCGCCAUCAACCGGACGUACCACUCUUGCGACGGCAGCGGCUCGUGCUCGGCAGCAGCGCCGUCGGUCACGGCUGCGCUUGCCACCUGCCCCGGUACCGAAAACAAUGCCUGCGCUGCAGGGGUCUGUACAGACCUUUGCGCUAACGGGCUCGACGACGACGGUGAUGGGUUUUUUGACGCCUGCGACGGGGACUGCGGCGGACCGCAGUGCAGUUCCGGAUCCUGCUGCGACACCAGCGGUGGUACGACCAAUGGAUGCUUCCGCGACACGUCUGCUGUCUGUGCCGCUACCGGUGGUGUAUGCAUUGGCGCCGCGCCGUCGUGCUCGCGCUCGCUUGUCCAGACACACUGUCCGGGCAACGCCACCAGCUGCUCCGGGACAACAUCGCUCUCGCCGGUUCCCUGUCCGUCUGGCACGCUCUGCGAGAGCGGGACUUGUGUUGCGCCGCGCGCCAAUCUGACCUGCGGAGCGUCGCCGCCGUCCGGCUGCGCCUCGCUCACCGCCAUCACCGCCGUUUACACCGGAUGCAACAGCACUGGCGGCUGCGACGUCCCGAGCUCGCGCUGCGCUGGCGGUGUCUGCGUCGACGCGUGCAGCAACGGGCUCGACGACGAUGGCGACGGCUUUGUCGACGCUUGCGACGCCGACUGCGGUGGCCCGCAAUGCACCUCUGGCCCGUGCUGUGAACUGGAUGUACUCUCGCCGCUUCGCGGAUGCUACCGCAACCGGACGAGCGUGUGCGGCGUGUCCGGUGCCAGCUGCGUCGGCAGCUGCACCACUCUCGGCUCGCUCACCUACUGCUCCGGCUCGGAUGCUGCUUGCACAGGCCCAGUCGUGCCGGACCAGCCUUACGACUGUCCGCUCGGGACUGCGUGUUCUGCCGGUGUGUGUGCCACAGUCUCGGCCGACGCCUCCUGCCUCACGCCCGAGCCCGCCGGCUGCUCGAGCAACGGCACCGCGCUGGCCGACGCGUAUGGGUGCGACGGUGGUGGAAGUUGCCGCGACACACCGGUCGACCGCAUCCGGGUUGGUACCGCCUGCGGCGGCAACGAGGCGUCGUGGUGCGUUGACUCGGCCUGCGUCUCGGCCUGCGCCGACGCAAUCGACAAUGACGGUGACGGCCUUGUCGACGUCGCCGACCCAGACUGUGCUGGCGUGGCUGCCGCGCCGUCGCCGUCGGACCCGGUGUGGGCCAGGGAAGCGUUUCUCAUUCCGAUUGCGGUGCUCGGCUGUUGCAUCCUCCUCCUCCUCCUCCUCCUCCUCGCCUUUUGUCGCUCUGGUGGCAACGGCGGCGACGAAGCCGAGGCAAAGCUCGCACUUGACGAGAACCACGACCCAAUGGUCGACCGGUCGACCGGCGUCUACGUCGGCUACGCGGUGCACUCGGGCUCGCCGGCGCGUGCGAGCUCGAUCGCCUCGGCCGUCUCGCCGGCCUCGCCGGUCUCGCCAGUCUCAGCAGCAUCACUCUCGAUCUCCAAUCCUGUCUACGACAACCUGAGUGUCUUUGGCCACGAGUCCGACCUGUCGCGGACCCACUGGGGCGACACGACUGAAAAUGUGGUUUAUGACGACGAGGCUGCCGAUGUGGUGGUCGUCUACGACCCGGCCAUUCUGAGCUCGCGGCUUCCGGUCUCGCCGGGCGCCCCCGUGGCCGACCGCGGUUCGCAGCUCCGACCGUACCGCCGCUAA